CAACUAUCAUCAUGGGAAAACGGAAAAGGGAAUUUUCGGAAUGUUCCCGAGCACAGAAAUUCAGGCGGGUUGCCAAUGUGCGUCGGUGUCGUUUGAGGAACCAGAACUCAAGUUCUGAAGAUGAAGAUAAUGCAGCCAAUGCCAGGCGGGGAUUACAGUGGGAGGCAGUGCCUCGAAGUAGUCAAGGUAAUGGGACGCUCUGUAACGAGAAUGAUCCUAUCAACUCCAACAGCUGUAAUGAGGAGGCGCCCAGUCCACCUCCACCUGAACCAAACAUGGAUAAUGGCUUUGUACCGGAGCCAAGAAAUUGUGAAGUGGAACCACAACCUGUCAUCAAUAAUUGUGCUCCCCCUGAUUCUGAUCCCAGUGAGCCAAGUGAUAAUGAUGACAGUUCACACAGUUCUUCAAGCAGUGACAGUGCUCAAGAAAGUGACUUCGGGGACACAGAUGACGAAGAUGAAGAUGCUGGUGAUGAAGAUGCUGAUGAUGAAGAUGGUGGUGAUGAAGAUGGUGGUGAUGAUGAUGAUGGUGGUGGUGGUGAUGACGAUGAUGACGAUGGUGACGAUGGUGAUGAUGGUGACGAUGGUGGAGGGGGAGGGGGAAGUGAAAGUGAGGAUGAGAACGAUGAUGGUGUUUACAAUGAUGCUCGAUUGUACCCAGGAGCACCAAUUUCAGUCACGGAAAGUAUGCUGUCAAUUUUGUCCCUUAGUCUUGCGCAUAAUUUAUCUGAUUCAUGUCUGACAGAUAUUUUAGAAUUAAUUGCAAUGCAUUGCCCACAAGAAAACUCUUGCCCCACUUCCCUUUAUAAAUUUAAAAAGUUCUUCUCAAACUUAAAAUCCCCAGUCAAUCGUCGCUAUUUUUGUUCAAUUUGUUUUGAAUCAGUUGAUAAUGCAAAUGACAUCUGUCCACGUUGUCAGGUACAUAGAAAAUUGGAUAGUUAUUUGCAAAUGCCUGUUAUUCCUCAGAUUAAGGGACUCUUUAAACGCCCCGGUUUCUAUGAAAAAAUAAUGAACCAACAUAAUAGAAGGAAACAGGUAGAAGGUAAUUAUGAAGAUAUUUAUGAUGGGUCAGUCUAUCAAAACUUAAAAAACCCUGGCAAUUUACUAGCUGCUGAAAAUAGCUUUUCUCUUACUUGGUACACAGAUGGAGUACGCAUAUUUAGAUCCUCUAAAAGUGAAAUCUGGCCAUUUUACUUGACCAUUAAUGAAUUGCCUUACCGUGAUCGAACUAAAAUUGAUAAUGUAAUUAUAGCUGGUCUAUGGUUUGGGAAAACGAAACCACUUGUUAACCAUUACUUGAAAUUUAUCCAACAUGAUUUACGUGCUCUUCGGAAUGGGGUGGAUGUUAUUGUUCCUAAUAGGAUGGAAAGAAUACGGGUGCGAGGUGUAGUGAUGUGUGGGACUUGUGAUUUACAUGCUAAAGCUAAAUUCUUAAAUAUGAAACUGUACAAUUCAAGAUUUGGGUGCCAGGUUUGCAAGAUAGAAACUGUUAGAGAGCAUCCAGGGAGGUUAAAAAGAAUUUACCCGUUUGAGUAUAAUUUAAAUUUAAGAACUGAUGAGGAGCACAGAAUGUUUGCGCGUCAAGCUCAAGCAUUAAACCGUCCAGUAAUGUGUGUCAAGGGACGCAGUGCUCUAUCAACAUUUGUUGCAAACCCAAUAGAAUCGACAGCAGUUGAUGUUAUGCAUAAUACGUUCAUGGGCGUUUCUAAAUUUUUAGGUCAGGUCUGGUUUCACAAAGAUCAUGUAGGUCACCCUGCUUCUCUUCAUCCCCAUGUUAGGUUGAUAGAUAACAGACUUCAAUCAGUGAAGGCCCCUGACUUUCUUCAAAGGCAACCUCGUUCCAUAGGUGACCACUUUAGUUACUGGAAUGCUUCUGAGCUGAAGGCAUGGUUGAUGGUUUACUCUCUUCCUCUGUUGGAGGGUGUAAUGCCAGAGCCUAUCUUUACACAUCACAAACUUCUUGUAUUUGGUAUCUCUCUUUUAUGUAGAAAUAGUGUAUCACCUGAGAUGGUUCGUUUGGCUUCACGUUUGUUGGCAGAAUAUGUGAACAGAUUCCAACUUGUGUAUGGUUUGACUUACAUGUCUCCCAAUGUCCACUUACUCCUCCAUCUACCUCUUGUUGUGGAGAGGUUUGGUCCAUUGUGGACAACAUCAUGUUUUCCAUAUGAAAGUUGUAAUGGUGUCUUGAAAAGAUUAGUGUCUGGUACCAGACAUGCAGAAUUCCAAAUCCACAGCUCUGCAUCUAUGUUUCUCAACCUCACUGCAUACAGAACUGGUCGCCUGGAACCAGGAGGGAAGCCAUUCAAAUUCUGUGAGAAACUAAACCACUUCAGAAAAAAGUAUAAUCUAACUGUAAUGAUAAAUGACAGAAUGGCAGUGGUUGGUAAGAUGCAGCGGGUAGUGGAUUUGCCUGAAGACAUUCUUCAGGAACUGGAACAUCUCCCAAUGGAAAAUAGAAAUUAUUUUGAAUUCAAAAGGUUAUUUAACACACAGCUAAAAAUUAUUUUUUCAUCCAUGUCUCACAAUAGAGGUUCUAAAACUAACUCUACCUGUUUAAAGUACCAUUUAAAUGGCGUUGAAGCUUUUGGAAUUGUUCACUCUUAUCUUAAAAUAACGGAAUGCAACUGUGUAGCUGCUUGUGAGUGUGGUGGUACAUUUUUAGCCAUCAUUAAGAAAUGUGUUGUUGCACCAGCUUAUCGGGUACUGCCUUAUGGUGUUGUCCCUCUAAUAUAUACCUGUAGACAAGUUGACAGUUUUGUGGCAGUUCCUAUUGAAAAUCUUAUUUAUGUGUGUUACCUGAUUGAUGUAAGGGACAGAAACUCGACUUAUAUUGUUGAACCGAUGAAUACCCAUGAAAUUGAGUAGAAAGUUGCGGUAUUACAAGUUAUGUGGUAUUUUCAAAUGCCUGUUAUAUGUUUUAGUUUUUGUGUGAGUGUGAGUCUUGUGACGCAUGUUGUAUAUAGUUUCAUUUGCCUGUAUAGUAUUGCAUGCUGCAUAUGCAGUGGUCAUGUGGUAGGAAAUCAACUUAAUUGAUUCCCAAUAACAUAUCUCAUUUUAUUUUUUUGGCCUGUGCUUUUGCUUUUGAGAAAUUAUCUUGCUAUAGCUGUGUGUGCUGGCAUUUUUAGAAUACACUCUAAAAGGCAACAUACUGAAAGUUAUUUAUCUGCCCAGCCGUACUAUUACUGGUCACAUAUUGUUUGUAUUGUUUCACAUACUUUUUUUUCUUUUACUGUUAAUAUCUGUUUAUUUUCACCCCAAGAAUUUGUUAUCAGUUUCUGUUAUAUUCAUGUUGAAGUAUUAUGUAUACUGUCCGAAGAUCCACUAAAGUCAUUCCUCCUUUUGUGCUCCAUCUAUUCUUGUUCGUUCAGCACGCAACAAUUAUCUUUAUCUUUUAAAAGUUCAGCCAUGCUCAACAGUCGUUACUUGUCCCAAGGGUUAAAAUUUGUGUAUAUUCUUAGGUAUUUGAUUUCAUUAAGAUUAAUGAUAUCGCACCUUUCUUUGUUAGUUAUUUUAGUUGUUAAUUUUAGUCUAGCCAUGUGCAUGAUCAGGAAAGUGGAACCAAGUUCAGCCAAAUCUGCACAUGAAUGUUGACAAAGGUUUUUGCAAACGCUCAGCCCAAUUUUAAUUUUUUAACCCGUUUUAGUUGUUAAUUUUAGUUUAGCCUUGUGCAUGAUCAGGAAAGUGGAACCAAGUUCAGCCUAAUCUGCAAUUUAUU